GAAAACCUAGAAGGAUUAGGGCCACUCCAGCCUGGUGAGUUGCAUUAGAAGAAAGUAUAAUUUUGCCCGAGAAAGACGCACUAGCGGAGAAGCCACAAGAUGUUGGGAAUUGCCUGUGAUCCGCUCCAGCAUACGAGCAUGUACGAGCGCGGCUCAGAUGAUAGCGAAGACAGCGAUGGAGAAGGUGGUCUGGGCAACGUAUCCAGGGUUAUCAUCCGUCCACCAGGUCAGAGCGGUAAGGCCAAGAGAGGUCACCUCUGCUUCGAUGCGGCCUUCGAAACGGGGAAUCUGGGCAAGGCUGAACUAGUAGGGGAAUUCGAAUACGAUCUCUUUCUAAGACCCGAUACUUGCAAUCCCCGCUUCCGCUUUUGGUUCAACUUUACCGUGGAUAAUGUAAAACAGGAUCAGCGGGUGCUCUUCAACAUUGUAAACAUCAGCAAGAGCAGGAAUCUCUUUGCCUCGGGACUCACGCCGCUCGUAAAGAGCUCCAGCCGGCCCAAGUGGCAGCGUCUGCCCAAGCGACAAGUGUUCUUUUACCGAUCGGCCAUGCAUCAGGGUCACUAUGUGCUGAGUUUUGCCUUCAUUUUUGACAAGGAGGAGGAUGUGUACCAGUUUUGCUUGGCCUGGCCAUAUAGUUACUCCCGCUUGCAGUCCUAUUUGAAUGUGAUUGAUGCUAGACAAGGAGCGGAUAAAAGGUUCACGCGAUGUGUGCUCAUUAAGUCAUUGCAAAAUAGGAAUGUGGACCUGCUGACCAUUGAUCAUGUAACCCACAAGCAGCGUUCCACGAAUCGCUUAGACCGUAGCUUUAUCCGCGUGAUUGUUAUCCUUUGCCGGUCGCAUUCUAGCGAAGCUCCAGCCUCUCAUGUGUGCCAGGGUCUGAUUGAGUUCCUGGUGGGUAAUCAUCCCAUUGCCGGCGUCCUUAGGGAUAAUUUCGUCUUCAAGAUUGUGCCCAUGGUGAAUCCGGAUGGGGUCUUUCUCGGCAAUAAUCGCUGUAAUCUGAUGGGUCAGGAUAUGAAUCGAAACUGGCACAUUGGUUCAGAGUUCACGCAGCCGGAAUUGCAUGCAGUGAAGGGCAUGCUAAAGGAACUGGAUAAUUCAGAUGUGCUUAGUAUUGUUGAUCCUCUUCUAAUUUCCCCAUAUUUUUUUCAGACCUAUCAGAUUGAUUUUGUGAUUGAUUUGCAUGCCAACAGCAGCAUGCACGGCUGCUUUAUCUAUGGGAAUACCUACGAAGACGUCUAUAGAUACGAGCGGCAUUUGGUUUUCCCGCGACUCUUUGCCAGCAAUGCUCCAGACUAUGUGGCGGAUCACACCAUGUUCAAUGCAGAUGAGCGCAAGGCGGGCAGCAUCCGGAGAUUCAGUUGCGAAAGACUGAGUGACACAGUUAAUGCCUACACUCUGGAGGUUUCCAUGGCAGGACACUACCUCAAGGAUGGUAAGACUAUUUCCCUGUACAACGAAGAUGGAUAUUACCGCGUUGGCAGGAAUCUGGCCAGGACUCUGCUUCAGUACUACCGCUUCAUCAACAUCCUGCCCAUGCCCAUUGUGACAGAAGUCCGAGGGAAGAGACGUGGGCGCAACCGCCAUGCCCAUCACUCCCGAUCCCGUUCCAAGACACGCUAUGAGGUCAAGCCACGCCCUAAGACGCCGCGUUGCCAUGCCCCCAUUGCCUACACAAAUCUCAGUAUCUGCUAUGAUUCUGGAGGUGGAGGAAACUCCUCGGAUGAGGGAGGAUUCUCGCCCACUCGUCCCUUGGCGCCGGGCAGCAGUUGCUUUAGUGGAUAUCGUAACUACAGGAGAGCAGCCACUGCUGGAUCCUGCAUGAAUCCCGCUCACGAUCAGUAUUCGCCAUUUGCAUUGGCAAUGAAAACGGGGAGUGAUCCUGGAGGAGGAGUACCUGGUGGCCACGGUGGAGGAAGGAGCAAGAAGUCGGCUGCCCAGGUCACCAUAGAGGUUCCCUUGCCGGUGAAUGUACCUCCCAAGCCGUAUCUCUCCAUCAUUGACCUGAAUCAGCUGACCAGAGGAAGUCUGAAACUGAAGUCCAAUAGCUUCGAUGCAACAGAUCGGAGGUAGAAUAAGUGUCCUUUGAUAAGGAGCCCAUUAGAGUGAUAUUAUCCAGUCUUUUCUACGCUUCAUGCUUGUUUUUCUAAUAAAAAGAAAGUAUCCCAAUUAGAAUGCAAGGACUCCCCGUUGUGUAUCCUAAUUAGACUAUUUUAACCUCUCUUUCCUCCAUCCUCUUUCCACGACGCUGGGCAACAAGUCUUGCGAUUGAGUGAAACCCCCCGCGUGAGUGGGUUGUUGUUCCGCUGGCUUAUCUCGCCCCUGGCAUUGUUGUUGCCUUUUGCUCUUAAUUUGGCUGUGAGCCAGAAAACCAGCUGCGCUCAAUUGGCGACAUGUGAGCUUUGCAUAUCACACACAAAAUAAAUGCGGUUAUUUACAGUGGGCAGACGACGACACCCACAACAAGCAAACAAAGAAGGCGAGUGCUGGCGACACGUGAGUGGGAGCGGGAGGCCCUCACUCGCGGCACUCCAGCGUGAUUAACGGGAUUUGCGGGGCCACCUUUAUCUUAUCAGACGCGAUACGUGUAAACUAUAACCUCCACAUCAGCUGUAUUUAGUGGCUAUAG